GUUCGGCGGCGCGGCGGGCGGGGGCCUCUUCGGCCAGCAGCCCGCGUACGGCCAGCCGCAGCAGAUGGUCGCGGCGCCGGCGACGCAGCCGGCGACGCGCUUCGAGCAGCUGCCGGCGACGCCGGCGACGCUCGGCCGCGACGGCGUGCUCGCCGUCGAGAAGCACCUGGCCCAGAACCGCACGCUCCAGAAGCGCGUCGCGCUCGCGGCGCAGCCCGUCCGCGAGGGCAUGGCGCACCUGCGCGAGGCCGUCGCGGCCGCGCGGGGCGCGCUCGAGCGCGCCGAGCACGAGCAGCGGCGGGCCGCGACGGUGGGCGGCGGGCUGCGGCUGGAGGCCGCGGCGCUGCGGCGGGACGGCGAGGAGCUCGCGGCGCGCGCCUCGAGCCGCAGCGCGGGGGACUCGCUCCGCCUCGCGCGCGAGCUGCCGGCGCCGCUGCUCUGGCGCCACCUCGCGAACAUGGAGAAGCGCCUGGCCGCGUACGCCCGGGACGUCACGACCGUGCGGCCGGCGCGGCGGGACGGCGCGCGCGCCGACGACGACUCCGCGAACUUCCAGCUCGCGCGCGUCCUCGCGGCGCAGCGCGACGCGUUCCUGCGCGUGGCGGACGACGUGGCGCGCAUGCACGCGCGCGUCGACGACGCGCGCCGCGGCGUGCGCCGCCGCGACCCCGGCCUGGACCCCUUCGCCGAGGCGGACCGCGAGGAGAAGGCGGCCGCGCGCGAGCUCGACGCCGAGAUCCGCCUGGGCGCGCAGCGCGCGGCGGCCGCGGCGCCGGCGGCCGCCGUGCCCGGCGUCGCCGCGCCCGCCGGAGGCCUCUUCGGCAGCGCGCCGGCGCCCGGGGGGAGCCUGUUCGGCGCGACGACUGCGCCGCCCGCGCCGGCGCUCACGCGCACGGCCACGCCGGCGACGGGCCUCUUCGGCGCGCCCGCGGCGGCGGCGCCGGCGGGCGGCCUCUUCGGCGCGCCGGCGGCCGCGGCGCCCGUGACGACGCUCUCGGCGAAGAAGCCCUCGCGCAACCGCAAGAAGGGGCGAUAGAACCCCUGGGCCCCCGUUAA